UAGAUGAGUGCUUAAAAGCAUCAAUGUGCACCAAUCUCACAGAGUAGUGGCAAUAACAAUGCACAGCUACCCUUUUAAUGAUGUGUAACGGGUGUUUGUAUUUUUUGAUCUGGUAUUUUUUGAGGACUUGUUUUAAUCUCAACAGUUUGAUUAAGCAAGUGGAAUACCUAACCGUACAGUUUGAUUCACACAUUUCACUGUUAUUUUCCUUGUUUAACCAGCAGGUUGAUUCACACAUUUCACUGUUAUUUUCCUUGUUUAACCAGCAGUUUGCUGCAUUCAGUUUCUCCAAGUUGUGAGCUGUGAUCUUGGGUAUCGAGAGCUGUUGCCGGGUCAGUGACUGGCGUGUGGGCUUGUACUGGGUUAUGUAUUAAUAUGUGCUGCUGCUGCUGCUGCUGAUGAUGAUGAUGAUGAUGAUGAUGAUGGUGAUGAUGAUGAUGAUGAUGAUGAUGAUGCAGUGACGAUGCUCUGAUCGUUAUGUGUCUCCAGCUUCUCGUAGCUCCCUCUUUCUAUGUACAUCUAAAUCACAGGCUAUAUUUGGAUUGGAUGAUGUCACAGGUGGGUAAGGUGUGAAGCAUAUAUAACUCCUGCAAUCUCUUGAAGCUCAGAGAAACUGAAGCCUAGGUCCAGCACACACCAGACCCUGCUGCAGAACUAGGCUGGACCUGUUCCUUUACUUAACCCUGAUUCCAAGAUACUAAUAAAGUGUACAAUGUGUUACUUGAGGCUGUCUACUGUUCUCAUUGUGCUGUCUAUGACUCUAAACUGUCUCAGCGCCACCACGGCAAACAGGGAGCAGUCUGAUGUUCGACCAGGCAGAGAGAGCUGGCUGCUGCCUGGCUUCGCAAAAAACUCCUUCAUCAGCCUCACCGCUACAGAGCCAGAGCAGGAGUCCGUCAAGGCAAAGAGAAGUCAUAUGGAAAAGAGGAGGUGCAACACAGCUACCUGCGUGACGCAACGCUUAGCGGACUUCCUCGUCCGAUCCAGCAACAGCAUCGGCGCGGUCUACACGCCGACUAACGUGGGCUCCAACACGUAUGGAAAGAGGGCCGGACUGGCUCCACUCAGCAGAGAAACUCUGAAAUAUAUACCGUUUUAGGACACGGCGUAGUCAUGGAAAUCAAUUGUAGUUUUCUGUACAAAACAAAAAUAAAUGUAGUUGUUUUUAAACUCUAAACUACCAGUG